GAUCGCUGUUGGCGGAUCGCGGUUCGGUUCGCUGUGGCGCGUUUGUGUUCGAGAUGCGCAAGUUCGUCGUCGCGCUGGUGUCCUUGUGCAAGUUGCUGGAGUGCGAGUGCCGUGGAUAGUGCUUCUGAGCGCCCAGUGGACUAGCAGCCGCCCGAGCAGCGGCUCCAGAGGCGCCCGCUGCCUGGAGCUGGAAAGCUGUACGCUGGAGCUACGCCUGCUACGCCGCCACUGUGACAUACUUUCCAACGCCCGCGCGAGGCGCCGCGCACCGCGCGUUUUUCCGCCGGCAUUUUCCAGUGCCCUCUCCCUCCAUCUGGCGCCGCAGCUUUCCACAGCUUUCCGCGGCGUGGCGUUCGCACGUGCGUGUGCGUGGGUGUGCGUGAUUAGAUAGUGUAGCAGCAUGGAGUAGCUGCCGUGCCGCCGCGCUCCGCUCCACGCACGCGUGCUGCGUAGAGAGUCCGGUGUCCGGAGAGGCCGCUCCGCGCUCCGCCCACGCCACUGCCAAGAUGCUGCUGCCCAAGACGACGCCCGGAUCCAAGCAGGCGCCCGCGCUCCCGCCCAAGGACGCGGUUAUCACCGUCAGCAUGCUGUGUAUCCAGGAGGAGUUCGGGCAGCUGGCCAUCCACCCCUCCGCCAAGUUGGGCCUGGACCUGGAACGGGGACCCGAUCCCUCAGACCUGUACGGCUAUUAUGAGCGGGAAGAGAACCUGGCUGUGGCCGUGGUGAACGGGGCUCUGAAGGAGCAGCAGGGGCAGGCCCAGGACUCCAGCAGCCCCGAGGACACCAUCCCCCACUGCGCCCCCAUGAUGGGGCCGGUCCGCGGUGGCUGGAUGGACGGCAUCCUGGGCUGUCUCCGUCCUGUUUGGACCAUGAUUGGCAAGGCGGGGCACAACGAAAUGAAGGCUAAUCAAGCUGAUGACUGGGAAAUUCCAUUUGAAUGGAUUAGUGAUCUCCAGUGGCUAGGGUCUGGUGCCCAGGGAGCUGUGUUUAAGGGCAACCUGAAGAAUGAAGUAAUUGCAGUGAAAAAAGUUCGAGAGCAAAAGGAGACAGAUAUUCGUCACCUUCGGAAACUUAAUCACCGCAACAUUGUGCAAUUCAAAGGUGUGUGCACUCAAGCACCUUGUUACUGCAUUAUUAUGGAAUUUUGUCCAUAUGGACCUCUGUAUGACUUGUUGAAAAAGGGAGAAAAAAUUCCCCCUACUAGACUUGUUAGUUGGUCUAAACAAAUAGCAGCAGGAAUGCACUAUCUCCACCAACAUAAGAUCAUUCACAGGGAUCUGAAGAGUCCUAAUGUCCUUAUUGGCCAAGAUGAACUUGUGAAAAUCAGUGACUUUGGAACAAGUCGUGAAUGGAAUGAGAAGAGCACGAAAAUGAGUUUUGCUGGUACAGUCCAGUGGAUGGCACCAGAGAUUAUUCGUAAUGAGCCAUGCUCUGAAAAAGUAGACAUUUGGUCGUUUGGAGUUGUAUUAUGGGAACUACUAACAUGUGAAACUCCGUACCGAGAUGUGGAUUCCUCUGCUGUGAUUUGGGGAGUUGGAAGUGCUUCACUGCACCUUCCCAUCCCAACAACAUGUCCUAGUGGAUUCCGACUGUUGGUAAAGCAGUGUUGGGCAGCAAAACCACGAAAUAGGCCAUCUUUUAAGCACAUUCUUCUUCAUUUGGAAAUUGCAUCCAUUGAAGUUCUUUGCACACCAGCUCAGGAGUAUUUCAAUACUCAGGCUACAUGGAAGGAAGAGGUCAGAGAACACAUGUCUGUAAUGAAGUCAGCAAAUAACAAACGCCCCAUACUGGAGACAGAACUGAUUGCAAAACGAGAAGAGGAGCUGAGGCAUGCUCAGGAUAUUCGCCAACAUUAUGAGCGUAAACUAGAGAAGGUGAACUCUCUUUGUACAGAGCUUCGUGUCUACAUGAAUCAGCUUGAACAGCGUGAGAGAGAUCUAUCAAAGCGAGAGAAAAGCUGCCCUCCGCACAAGAGUGCUCGCAACAAGAGGAGUGUUCGUCCACUAUUUUGCAAAGCCACUGAAAGAUUCAGGCAACUUCCAUCAAAAGAAACAAGUCCAACAUCACCAGGGUUGUCUGCAAUAUCACCAACUCCAUACAAUUCAUCUUGGGAAAUUCAAGAGGAUGUGAAGAAGGCUCCCACGUGCAUUCAGUUGAACUCCGCAGCUCAACCUGAAUGUUAUGCAUCCAGUGGCCUACCAGCAUUAGGAGCAGAGAGAGUAGCAAGAAUACGUAAAGUGCGGCACAGACGGUCUUCAUCCAGUCAAUCAAGCCCUGUCAAGGAAAGAAAGAACCUCACUGUAUCUCCCAAUGGCAAUGCAGAAAUACCUCCUGUGGCAAGUCAGGCCAUGGAGAUAAGCGAAUCGGAUUCAAGCCCUGUGUGCUCCCCACAAGCCCCCAUCCCACGAGUAUCUUUCCCAGCAUCUCCUGCAAAGAGCUCAGUUGCAAGCAAUAACUCCAGUGCCGAAGGACUUAGCUGUGGAGUUGUUAAUCCUCUCUAUGAGUUGGACAUAAUCAGGGCCCCAUUGGAGCGUUGUCUAAGGUCCUCACAAAGUGAAGAUGAUGUUUGUGGACCUCGCUUACCUGGUCGACCUGUCCAAUUACUUCUUCGAACACAAUCUCCUAGAAGUGGAAGAAGUAGAGAGGAAAGAGUUGGUCGCUGUUCAGAUGAAAGUUUGAAUGGAAAUUCUUGCUACACAUGUAAAAGCACAGAACAAGCAUCAGAUGAUGAUUUUGAAGUAAAUCGUAAUGAGCAGCUGACUGUUAGAGACUGCAGUGAUGAUGAUCAACUAGAAACCCUCAGCAGACGUGUUAGUGAAACACUUAACGGAAACAGAACAUCAACUUGUGUCUCAGAGAAUGGGAACACUGAAGUUGAUUCUGGACGCAGCACAAUUAAUUUAGGAUGUGCAUCUGGACAGUCUUCAAGAAGGUCAACAUGUACUGGCCUCCCUGUGAGUUCAGGCCUGGAAGAGGGCUGGACAGAUGAUGAGCAAGAGGGAGACAGUGAUGGAGCAACCUUUUCUCUGAGAAGAAAGAGCUUGGCCAGAAGACCCAUUGGUCCAGGAUGUCGUCGGAGGCCAGUAAAACCUUUCCUACAUUCAGCUCAAUUGAAUCAGUUAUCAGAUGAAGGGAAUACAUCUGAUCGCAGUAACCUUCCAUCAAGCCGGGGAUCUACUUUAGAGAGCAAUCCAGACCGUUGUCUUAGAUUAUCUAUGAGGUCUAGAAAGAAUUCAAAUAUCAGGAAUGGAUCAGAUGGGAGCUCAAGAUCCACAUCAGGAUCAGAAUCUGAAGAGGAAGCAGAAGAAAUAUCAGUGCGUACAGUAGAAUCACAAAUUCAAUCUGUUUCCUCAAAUCCUAUAGUAUAGAUCUCAUUUCUUUUUAAAUGCUCAUUAUUAGCCAGUAUUGUGUUCUUGUCACAAGACAAGCUUGAUUUGUCUUAGACAAACCCUGUAUAGUUCAACCAAGUAUGUGCAUUAUCUCAGCUUUGAUUUUGUGAGAUGUUUUGUACUGAAACUAGUUAUAGCUUUAUGAUGGACUUUUUCAUUGUGGCAUUGGUGCAGUCACCUAGAAUUUUCAUUACUCACAUGGGAAGCCCCAUGAACACCAAAAUUAUGUCAUUUUUAUGUCGAUGAGCAUGUGGUUUUAGAGGGUUUUUGAAGGGAAAAAAGGAGCGUCAUUUUGACUGUCACCGUGACCAAUUUGUGACUUUAUUUGGAGGUAAUUGAGCUUUAAUUUUGUAUUUGUAUUGUAGUUUGGAGUCAAAAUUGAGCAAAAAUUGGUGUCUUCCCUUGCCAUAUUUAAAAUUCUAUCUGCCUAAUCUUGUGAUUGAUUGAUUGUAUUGCAUAAGACCAAGUGGGGCCCAUCCACUAGUUAUAUAAUAAAUUUGAGGUAUAGCUUUCAGAUCAAAGACUCUUUUAUUAUGGGGGAGGUUCUGUAAUUCCUAGUUUACUAAAGAAUUCAAAGUAAUCUCAUACACUACAAGUUUUAAAGGAACCUCAAUCUCCUCAAAUCUCUUACAUAAUAUUUGGAUGGCUCCUCGAGUGCAAUAUUGUUGGUAGUUAAACUGAUUUUGUUUUGUUAUUUGUUAUUAAAAUUUAACUGUUGUCAAAGAGUGUAAAUUUCCUCACAUUAUUGGCUGUUUCAGUUUGGAAUGCAUUCGAAAAAUAUUUGUAUGUGCCAUUGUGAUUACGUACUCAAGUUGGUUGUACAUGAAAUGCUGUGGAAUGUGUGAUCUUACACAGUCCAUGUUUCUUUGAUAUUAUGUUUUCUUAAUGUUUUACGAUGCUUUAGAAAUCAGUCUCUGUACAGUGCAGAUACUAUCAAAAGGAGCGAAAAAAUGAAUUGUUGCUCUUGCUGUCCAAGUAAAUUAAUGCCAUGAGUUGAUUACUGGUGCUCAGCCUUGCUAAGCACUAACAUACUACAUCACUUCAAUUAUUUAUUAGUUUCAUACAUGUUGUGCCUUGAUAGUCUGUUAUCCUUUAUGUGUAUGAUUCACCUUGGCAGUUAUGAUAAUAAAAUAACUGUCAAAACUGAGAAAAA